GAUACCCUUCUUACCCAGAGCUUUAGCGUGACCUCUACUGCAGUUGAAAAUACUUGGGAGCGGAGGUUGAAUCCAUUGAUUUUUGACGAUGUAACUCAUCACUAGAAGGAUACGGUGACAAAUUUGAAUGAGAAGCUGCUUCUUUUUUGUGUAUAACCAUCGCAAGAAGGGCUUAUGUGCUCCUCGCCGCUGGAUUUCCGACUCGGGGUGCUCAGUGUUGUCGGGGUUGAGUCCGUUUCAGCUGCACUGCAUCAACAUGGGUGUGAUCGGUGUGCAGCUGGUGGUUACCAUGGUAAUGGCCAGUGUAAUUCAAAAAAUCAUACCUCAUUAUUCCUUCGCAAGAUGGCUACUCUGCAGUGGCAGUCUGCGGUGGUACCAGCACCCUACGGAAGAUGAGUUGAGGAGCUUAGCUGGGAAACAAAAAGGACAGAAGAGGAAAGACAGGAAGUACAAUGGUCACAUAGACAAUAAGCCGCUAACAGUUCCCAAGGACAUAGACUUACAACUGGAGACGAAAUGCAUCACAGAAGUCGACACAUUAGCAUUGCACUACUUCCCAGAGUUCCAGUGGCUGGUGGAUUUCACAGUAGCAGCAACUGUGGUCUAUCUGAUAACAGAACUCUACUACAGUGUGGCUCAACCCUCGGGAGAGAUGAACAUCAGUGUGGUCUGGUGCCUGCUGGUACUCGCAUUUGUCAUUAAGACCCUUUUCUCUCUGACGGCCCACUACUUCAAGUUGGAGGAAGGAGGCGAGCGCUCACUCUGCAUUACUUUUGCUUUCUUCUUUUUUGUCAAAGCCAUGGCUAUUCUCAUCGUCACUGAAAACUACCUAGAGUUUGGUCUGGAGACCGGUUUUUCAAACUUCUCUGACAGUGCUCUACAGUUUCUGGAACACCAGGGCUUAGAGUCGCAGGGUCCCAUAUCUAAACUCACCUUCAAGCUGAUCCUGGCCCUACUCUGCUCCCUGAUUGGGGCAUUUCUAACUUUCCCUGGUCUGCGAUUGGCCCAGAUGCACCUUGAUGCUCUCAAUCUGACCACAGCAAGAUUUACACAGACUCUGCUUCAUAUCAACUUCCUGUCCCCUCUUAUCAUGGUCCUGCUGUGGGUGAAGCCCAUUACCAAGGACUACAUAAUGAACCCCACUCUGGGAAAGGAGAGUGUGCCUUUGAUGACUGAGCAGACGUAUGAUACGUUGCGGUUAUGGGCCAUCAUACUGAUGUGUAUGCUCCGGCUCGCCAUGAUGAGACAUCAUUUGCAGGCCUACCUCAACCUGGCCCAGAAGGGUGUGGACCAGAUGAAGAAGGAGGCGGGGCGGAUAAGUACCGUUGACCUGCAGAAGAUGGUUGCACGUGUUUUUUACUACUUGUGUGUAAUCGCACUACAGUAUGUGGCACCACUGGUGAUGUUGCUGCAUACGACCUUGCUGCUAAAAACCUUAGGUGGACACUCCUGGUGGGUCUAUCCUGAAGAAGACCUGCCUUGCACCCAUGAAAUGAACUCUGAUUCUGCAAUGGAGGCAGUACCAAUAGCAGCCCCAACACCAGCUCCAGUAAUAGAAACAGGAGCACGGGCGUCAGUAGCCCAGCUGUCGAUGGCCCUGGGAGGCCUGCGGACUGUCUUCAGCCCCCUGCUUUUCCGAGGCCUCUUCUCCUUCUUUACUUGGUGGAUUGCAGCUUGUCUCUUCUCCACCUCCCUCUUUGGCCUCUUCUACCAUCAGUAUCUCAUGGCAGCAUAGCAUCACCAACCUGGCAGUGGCACCCAGACUCCCGCAGGGCUGCAGUAUGUUCGGCCUGAUCAAAAAAAAAAAAAGAACUGCGUGGGGGCAACAGAGGCCUAUUGAUGACUCUGCUCCACAACCCCUCCUUCCCUUCCUCCCUCCCUCUCUCAUAAUGACUGACCAUAUCAUCAGAGCUCCUGGUUCAACUUCCAGUGCUUCCUCCACAGAUGAAUCUGUGAACUCUUGUCAUUGUUUUUACUACUACGACCACUACCUUUUUAUUUGGAGAGCAAGAUUUAUAAAUUUUAAUAACAGACUAAAUUGUGAAUUAGAAUAAUAAUAACCAGUGUCAGUGGGUUGGCACAGUAAUGAGAAAUUGGUUCAGUUUGCUGUAUGAAAUUUGAAUGGUACUAUGAGGUAAAAUACUGUAUCUUAGAUGCUGACAACUAACUACAUGUUAAAAUGUGGUGUGGCAGUUCUGCUCCUUCCCACCAGUUUUAAAUGAGCCAAUGGGGAGACUUAAACUAAUGUUCUUUUUAAUACUUGUUCACAGUUUUUCACAUGGAAUGACUUAAACCCAUCAACAUUUUCAGAUUCUUGAUAUAUUGGUUAUAGGUACUUCAGUAAGCCCUAAAUUCAGCCCCUUCACAACUUGACAUGUGGCAGGAGUCAGUUUUUGGACUGUUGCCCUCCAACUGAAAUUCCUUUCAUUAUCAAUGAACUCUAAAUAGUAUUUACAUUGAAUUGCACCAGAAACGUAUACAGAAAAGCAUUUGCAUGAGUCAUGAGUUGGUACACGUGUGCAGGGCCUUGACAUUAGAAGAAGUCACACAACAAUCUGUAUUCCUUUCUGUAUAACACUCCAUUAUAGUGCUAAAUUGAAAAAAUAAAAAUGCAUUGUAGCCUAUAGAAGCUGCAUUUGGGUCACAAAAUAUAGUUCAAUCAAGAGAUAUUUAUGGAGGUUAAUGUGUGACAUUGAAGCCCAAAAUCACCUUUACCUACUCCGAGUAGUUUCUUCCUUGCGUUUUCAAACAUUUUGGAGAACUGAUAACUGCCAUUAUUGUGGCUCCCUGUGUUAGUCUUUUGAUCAGAAAUGGUAAAUUUGUGUGUCAAUAGCCUGUUAAAUGUCCAAAUUUCAUUGCCACGGGACAAAGGUGUCUGAAAGAGUCUUAAAAUGGUGCGGUAAGGACCAGUGCAUCUGUUUGGAGGAGGAGGAGGAGGAGGAGGAGGAGGGAGGGAGGGGUAGCCUGUUGAUUUUGCCAGAAUGGCUGGUUGGGAAGAACUGGUGGCAAUCUCAGCUGUCAGCUGAGCAGGGUUAGAGAGUGGACAGUCUGAGGAGAGUCGUACCUGCACAGGAACAAGAAGAGAUGUUACACUCACGGGGGAAACAUCUCAUUGACUUGAAACUGAUGUAUUUAAAUGUGUCUAACUGAACUUGCCAUGAAGGACAAACCUAGGUUCUUAAAAUAAGAGGCGUUCCAAUAGAUUUAUGAUUUUUAACAUGCAUUGUAACCUCCCUGGUUUAAUCUGAGCCAUUUUAGAAGAGAUGAGAGCAAUUUAAGCCGUUUUUGAGCAGCAUUGAUGAUUUAAAGGGAGGACGGCACUUAGGGUUCAGUAAAGGUAUGUGCUUGUGUCUGUGUGUCUGUCUGCAUGUAUAGGAUCUCUGCUGAAGGUCAGCUGUAAUCUGAAAGGGCAUUGUGAUCAAGAGGAGAUGAUGUCAACUAAUGUUGAUAAGCUAACGCCUUUAUGUUCUCCUUUGUAACUUUUUUUUUAAUUAUUACCCCUCCUUUGCUUUCAAACUCGUUUGAGAACGAUCUUUUCUUUGUUUUUAUUGUUUUUUCUAAUGGAUCAAAUUGUGGAUUUGUAAAACUUGAUUUCAAAAUGGUGCCAAGUGAGUCUGUUCCCCUGUCCUCAAUUGCUGUAGAUUUGGUGUCUGCCAGUGUUUGAAACUACAACUGGACUGCAACACUGGGGGCCUUAUGAUUUCUGUAGAUCCACAUUAAAAAAAAGAGGUCUGGUGCACAAAAGGUCAUAACGGUAUUUACAAGUCUCAUUGCAUACUGUAAUAUUUUGGUGGGUAAAUGUACGCACAAGACGUCAUUGUGUUGAUGAGGCACUGGGCCAAUAUGAUUGUCCAGUCUAUUCAAGAAUGUAGGGUACAUGGUGGUACACAAUCUUGCGGUUGUCUGGCAUUUUGUUUCGUCUUUACAUUUGUUAUAUCAUAGAGCUGUGAUUUAUGAAUUCCAGCUCUAUGAAUUUUGUACAGAAUACAUUUUACAAAGUCGAGCAGCACCAUAUCACAUUUUUCAGCUCCUGAUGUCGAAAGUCUUAGCUUCAGUUUGUGUCUGUUUUAAAUGAUGGGGAAUAUGCACAUAAUGAAUGUAUCAAUCCUGCCUAAUUUCUAGAUUGUUUUCAAGAAAAUGAUUUGUAUGGUGAGUUGAUUUAACACGCCCUCCCCCCACCCCUGCACUUCCCGAGCUCUUUCCUUGUCUACUACCAUCUGUUAAUCUGCCUUUCCCACAACUGUGUGUGGUUAGGUCAAACAAAAUCUAAUUUGUCCUAAUGACUUUUUUUAAUUGAUUUUUUUUUUUUUGUAUUUAUUAUACAUGUUGAGGCCUGUAAACAUUUCUUAUUUUAACAUCAAACACUUUAUUUUGUUUUAUUGGAGUGCAUGGUGACUUAAAUCAGUUGUUUGACAAAUCAGUUGCAAAUUAAGCGUUUUUUUAAUACUCUGGUCUGGACAGUCAUGAAAAAGCUGGGGUACUUUCAGAAUUCAUUGUUUCUUCUGUUUGUUACCACUGAAAGUGUUUAUUAUACAUUGUUGCAUUCACAAACAUUGUUGUUCUUUCAUCUAUUUAUUUCUGCUUUAGAUUUUGUCUUAAAUAAAUUAUGUUCUUUA